AUGGCGCUGGAGGACGGACUCCCAGUUUUUCUGCUACAUCUGUUGCUCUUUGAACACACGCUGGCGUUUUUAGAUAUCCGGCCCUUCAUCCGUCCUAACAUCACUAUCGUGGCCCCCGAUCACAACUUUUGGCCGUGGGUACCCCUUCAGGCCCCGCCGCCAUUCAAGGCACACAAGGGCAAGGUCAAGGUCAAAGACAAAGGCCGCCGGAAGCGGCCGUACUUCCGAGUGCCUGCUCACGACUUCUGGCCCUUUGUGCCUAUUGACAUCCCUGAUGCAACAAAGGAGAACCUGACGGGCGGUUACUACCAGAUACCCUCCCACAAUUUCUGGCCGUUCAUCCCCAUCGUAGAUAACACCCCCAAGCCAGUCACGACAAAGCCCAAGCCAAAGAAGCCAUCAACAACCACGCCCCUUCCCAAGCCUUGGCCACCCAGCGCUCAGAAGUACAACUACGGCGAGGUCAUGUACAAGUCCAUCCGUUUCUUCGAAGUCCAGCGUUCUGGCUGGUUGCCGGAUGACAGGAAGAUCUUGUGGCGUGACCACUCGGCUCUGGACGACAGGGGGGAUGAUUGGGAAGACCUGACCGGUGGCUGGUACGACUCCGGAGAUUACGUCAAGUUCGGCCUUCCAAUGGCAGCGGCGUCCACCAUGCUUCUCUGGGGGCUGGUGGAGUUCCCAGACGCUUACAGAUCUGCCGGCUUACUGGAUGAUAUGCGAGAUUGUGUGCGCUGGCCUUUAGACUAUUUCAUCAAGGCGCACACAAAGAAAUACGAGUUUUAUGCACAGGUAGGUGACCCAUAUCUUGACCACACCUACUGGGGCCGGCCAGAAGACAUGGACAUGGACAGACCCGCCUACAAACUGACCCCAGAUUCCCCCGGAAGUGACGUGGCAGCCGAGACCGCCGCCUCCCUGGCCGCGGGGUAUCUUGCUUUUAAAGAUGUUGAUCCUCCGUUUGCCAAGAAAAUGUUGGAACAUGCGCAAGAGCUGUUUGAGUUCGCGGAGAACUUCCGGGGUAGUUACAGCGACAGUAUCGAGAGUGCCGCAGAGUUUUAUGAGUCCAGCAGUGACGAGGAUGAGCUGGCGUGGGCAGCUGUGUGGUUGUACCGUGCGACCAGAGAGCGACACUAUAGGGCCCGGGCUGAUUACUGGUUGGAGCGGGCUGAGGGUUGCUGGGCUCAGAGUUGGGCUGACAAGAGUUGUGCCGUGCCGUACUGA